GAAAAAACAAAGGCGCUCUCUUCUUCCUCCUCGCGCAGCAGCGCCUCACAGACGACGGCGAUUCUGGUUCUUUUCAAAAUUUAUCGGACGGUCAAACUUUCAAUACGAGCAUACCCCUCAAGACUGGCGUAUUGGUGCAACAUAACAUUUCACACAUUGCCCCGCUCUUUCAAGGUGCCGCCGCAACAAGCCGUGUAGCACUCUCUUGCCUUCCACUGCUCAGUCAUGGCGGCCAGAGCUUCAAGAAAAUUACUGAGAGACUUUUUGUUCAGAAGGGCAUGCACAGCUCCUAUUGCAAGUGCAAGACACUGUUCUUCUGCUGCAGAAACUGCUCCAAAGAUUCCUCAUUUUUCGAAGAAAGGGAGGUUGUUGACAGGUACCUUCUUAGGCUUAGUUAUAGGCGGAGGAGCUUAUGUAAGCACUGUGGAUGAAGCAACUUUUUGUGGCUGGCUAUUCUCAGCUACAAAACUUGUGAAUCCAUUCUUCGCUCUUCUGGAUCCAGAGGUUGCUCACAGACUGGGUGUCUCAGCUGCAGCACGUGGCUGGGUUCCUAGAGAGAAGAGACCAGAUCCAUCAAAUUUAGGGCUAGAAGUUUGGGGAAGGAAGUUCUCCAACCCUGUAGGUCUUGCUGCUGGCUUUGAUAAGAAUGCUGAGGCUGUUGAUGGUUUACUUGGUUUAGGCUUUGGCUUUGUAGAGAUUGGCUCUGUAACCCCUGUUCCCCAAGAGGGCAAUCCAAAGCCUCGUAUCUUCAGAUUGCGUGAGGAAGGAGCUAUCAUCAAUCGAUGUGGCUUUAAUAGUGAAGGAAUUGUUGCUGUUGCAAAGCGGUUGGGUGCUCAGCAUGGUAAGAGGAAGUUGGAUGAAACUACAAGCACUUCCUCUUCUUCAGGUGAAGAAGUCAAACCUGGAGGCAAAGCAGGCCCUGGAAUACUAGGGGUGAAUCUUGGGAAGAACAAGACAAGUGAAGAUGCUUCUUCAGAUUAUGUACAAGGGGUUCAUACAUUGUCCCAGUAUGCUGAUUACUUGGUGAUUAAUGUUUCAUCGCCCAACACCCCUGGGUUACGUAUGCUUCAGGGAAGAAAGCAGUUAAAGGACCUUGUGAAAAGGGUUCAAGCUGCUCGUGAUGAAAUGCAAUGGGGUGAAGAGGGCCCUCCUCCUUUGCUCGUGAAAAUUGCUCCAGAUUUGUCUAAAGAAGAUCUUGAAGAUAUUGCUGCAGUUGCCCUUGCCCUUCGCUUGGAUGGAUUGGUUAUAUCAAAUACCACUGUUUCAAGACCAGAUCCUGUUAGUACAAACCCAGUGGCUUCUGAAGCUGGUGGCUUGAGUGGAAAGCCACUCUUUAAUAUCUCUACCAGUCUCUUAAAGGACAUGUACAAUUUGACGAGGGGAAAGGUUCCUUUAAUAGGGUGUGGGGGCAUUAGCAGUGGUGAGGAUGCUUACAAAAAGAUACGAGCUGGAGCAAGUCUUGUUCAGCUUUAUACAGCAUUUGCCUAUGGGGGACCUGCUCUCAUCCCCCAGAUAAAGGCUGAAUUGUCUGAGUGCUUAGAAAGGGAUGGUUUCAAGUCCGUUAGUGAAGCAGUUGGUGCAGAUUGCAGAGUGGCAACAGCAAAAGUAUAAACAAUAGAUAAGCGAUGAACUUAUUUGUGGAGCAAAUUUUUACAUUGCAUGGUGUAAAUUCUGAUUUUUAAGCGGUAAUUUUUUGUCGUACGGGAGUCGGAGAGACUCAUAACACGUGAGAAAUUUUUUGAAGAGGCAUUAUUUGUAGUUUGUACCCAACUUUAUACCGAAUGCUAAAUUUAAUUGUAGCAAAUGGAAAAGAAAAUCUGCUGCCAUUCCCGGAAUAUGCAAGCUCAGAAUUAGAGUUCAUAUGUACAAAUUUGGAUCCAUUCUACCU